GGAUGCUGGGGAGUAGUGCUGGGGUCUGAGAAGGACCUUGUGGCCACGGCCAGAGUCCAGAACGCCGGGGACGACGCCUUCGAGGCCAAGCUGGUGGUGCAGGUCCCCAGGGGCGCUGCCUUCACCAAGUUCCUCCUCCUGGCCAACACCGCUGUUGAUGAAUCGACGUAUGACCACUUGACUCUCGGAUCAGACCACUCGGUAGAUGGCGACACGUCCUUCCUCCUCCCACACGACAUCCCAGAAGAGGAGGAGGAGGGGGAGGUGGAGAAAGAGGAACACCACCGCAGGAGACGCCACGAACAGCGCCACCUUCAGGAGCUCAGAGGAACACACAGAAGGAGGAGGAAGAGGAGCGAGUGGGCAGGAUUGGAGGAGGAGUUGUCGUGUGGGCCAACUAACUGUACCAGAGUGGUGUGCUCUGUCUCCCCGCUCAGAGCCACCGAACAUAUCGUCGUCCACGUCAGGUCCAGGCUCUGGGUCGAUACCAUCCAGAAGGUGGGCAUGCCAGAGGUGAAGAUCUCCUCCAGGUUGGUGGUGGUGGCGGGGGAGGGUACUGACGGCGGGGGGUGGCGGCUGGGCGGCUUGACGGGUGAGGUGGGUGACGUGUGGUCGGGCAUGGUGACUACAGUAGUGAGGACGGGACCUGAAGAGCACCGGCGAUCUCUUAAGUGGGUGGUGGUGGUGGGCAGUGUGCUGGCUGGGCUCUUAUUGCUGGCCCUCUUGUCUACCUUACUGUGGGCGAUGGGUUUCUUUAAGAGGAAGAGACCACAAGACAACACAGAAACCGAGCCUCUUAAUGGUAAUGGUUUCUACGGCAAUGGCAAGACUUGAACACUCGCCUCGGAUCUCACUUCAGAAAACCUCGCCUUUCAAAAGUUAACACCUGGACUCAGAAUCCGCCUUAGAAACCGUAUUCUUGAGGAGAGUUUAAAGCCUGGAUAUAUAUUUUUUAGAAACCUUGUCUUUUUUUGUGUGUGUGUGUAAACUAACCCCCCCCCCUCCCCACCCUACCAAAAAACCCCCACCCAGCCUCCCCCGAGCAGAAAACAGCUUAGAAACCUCUUUGCUUUGUAAGUGAAACCACCCCUGGGCUUGGAAUUAUCUUAGAAAACACCUGUAAACAAGAAACCUCGCCUGUAAACAAGAAAACUCACCUGUAAACAAGACAACUGUAAACACCUUAGAAAUUAAAAGAAAAUUCCAGGCCUGAGAAUUAUUCGAUUUUAUGACAACAAUUGACGUUCAAGGAUAAAAAUUCUUUGACUCAAGUUACAAGAAAUUAAACUAAGCUGGAAAUUCUGAGGAUUAAACAAUGAGAAAAAUACUUAGAUGAAAAAAAUCUUAAGAUGUUUUAGAGAAAUUAAUACAAAAAUUAUCAUGAAAACUCUGUCAAAAUAAUGACUGAAAAUUCUAGACCUUUCUUAGGCCAUUGUGAGAUAUACUGUAUUAAACACCAGCCAUUGUUUUUAAUGCUGAAAACUGUAUUUAGAAUAUGUAAUAUAAGUUAAUUAUUCUGUAAAAUUAAUUAUUAUUGUUACUAUUAUUAUUAUCUGCAUGAAGUGACUUGUUAAAUGUAUUUGGUGUUGAUUUUAACAUACAUAUUUAACAGCUGUGUUUAUAAGUAAGGACAAGUGUACUUACAACUGUGUCUUUGGCUUCUUAAGUGUAAAGUGAUGUAGUGGAGUUCAAAACCGCCGCUGUGAAUUCAAAAGUGACGCUGAAUUCAUUACUGCCUUCACUGUAAAUUCAAAGGUGACGCUGAAUUCAAUACUGCCGCCGCUGUGAAUUAAAAAAAGUGACGCUGAAUUCAAUUCUGCCAUCGCUGUGAAUACAAAGGUGACGCUGAAUUAAAAACUGCCGCUGCUGUGAAUUCAAAAGUGCCGCCGCUGUGAAUUAAAAAAUGACGCUGAAUUCAAAACUACCAGUGCUUCUGCUAAGUGCUGCACUGAGAUGUGAACUGUCUCGUGACCUCUUUAAAGUGCUGCUGUGAGCUGUCUAGUGCCUUUGUGAUCUUUUAAAGUGACAGUGUCGCCGUAAUUCAGAGAUCCCAGCGGCACUUCCCGAUUGGUCGAGAGCCACGUUGCGUCACAAGAAGUUAGCAAGGAGCUACCUGAUUGGUCGAGAGCCACGAUACGUCAUGAUUCCAUCAAGAUUUCCUGUUGACCGAAUGACUCGCCGUGUGUGUGUAUGGAUGAGGCUGCCUCGGAGCCUCCAUUCCUGAGACUGUGAUUAUGUCGGCUGGGGACCAUAUUGACACAUUAUCAUAAAUCAACCCAAGACAGCACACACUAUCCGUACGGGCAUGAACGACGCUCGACUAAUGCUCCAUCUACCGGAUGGAUACUGAACUAAAGCUUGUAGUCAUUGACACUAGCAUAGUGUGGCGCUGUGGUCGUCAUCACGCCCCCCCCCCCCUCCCCCCAGCCGCGAUUUUUUUCCUGCGGGCUUCCGUCAUCUAGAAAAAACGGCAACGUACAAUCAGCUGGUGGCGAAAUUGCGGAUUCUGCGCCCUACACCAACAGCAAGAAUUCAUUCUACCUUGACUGUGCUGGCUAGGUUAGGUUAGGUUAUUAUUUGUUUGCAUUAGUAUCUGUUACGUUAGGAUAUGCAAUAUUAAGCCAAGCAUGAAUGAUCGUCUCUUAUUCUCUCUCUCUUACGGAGUGUACAGUGGUGCCGCUCUUCAAACACUGCCACGGUGCCUCUUGUUCUACAUGACGGAAGCCCUCGGGAAAAACAAAAUUUCCCCCCCCGGCCGUGUGUCCAGUAGGCUAGUGAUGAAUUAGUUGCUGCCUCUUGUGUUCCAGAAUAAGUUAAUAAGAAUAUAUUUAGUUAUAUGUUUAGAGCACUUAACUGUACAAGCUUGGUGUGCUUCUACGUAAAUUAUGCCCUUUAGUCUUCCUAGUUGAAAUAUAUUAAAAAUUUUACCUGUUUGUAAUGACCAAAAAAAAAAAAAAAAAGUAGAAUAUAUAUUGUCACUUUCAGGGAUUGUAUUUGUAUUUUUUCCCAUAUAUUUCCUGUGAAAGAUAUUAUUAAAUUUCAUCUUUUUUUUUUCCCCGGAAGAUUAAUGUUUGAGUUAUACUUCUGAAUCUCAUUAAGUUGUGUUCUAGUCAUCUUUAUUAUAUACAGAUGUAUUUCAGUAUAGUUUUGUAUGUUGUGUUGUAGCGUUAUAACCAGCCGUUACUUGUCUGACAGUAUAAUGUGAUACAAUGUGUUAUAUACAUUGUAUGAUUGGAGCCAUUAUACGAGGAGGAGGUAGAGCCGUGGAAACUAUACAUUGUACAGAUAGUAUUUAAAGGUUUGCAAUGUUAAGUUUUAAGUUGUUGUUAAACCAGAGACAACGGAUGAUUUGGUGUGGGGCUCAUUCCUGUGUGAUGGUCGCCUCUUGCUCUUAAACUUCCCUUUUAUUCUACCUGUAUAAAAUUUUGUAUCUUAAUUCUUUGACUGAUCGUGUGUAGUUAUGUAGACACAUUUUUUUGUUUACAUUAUGGCAUCUGUAAACAAUAAUCCCAUUUAUGACAACAUUUAUUAAGAACUGGCCAUUUAGAGACAGUGUGGAUACAACUCACUGCAUUCUGAGCCUGGCUUGCACUACACUCGGCCGCCUUCACUUCCUCAUCUAGACAUGCACUGGGAUCGAACUAUUGACCCUUAGAAGAGGAACAGAAAACGAACAUGACAUCCACUCAGCCACUAUAGAAAAGAACUUCAUUUUUGCAGUAAAAAAUUAACCAAGUGUCUCUACUCUGGAAGAUGAACUCACCUCUUGUAAAAAAAACCAAAAUGUAUUCUAUUAAAAAACGAAUGUAUUAUUCACUGACACAACCGACAAAAAAACACCAUAAUAAUCAGCAUGUAGUUGUAUUAAAACAUUUCAAAACUAACCCCCCCAAAAAAAUUAAAUCCCAAGCAAUUUGUUUUACCAUUUUCUUAGGAUCGAUUUAUUUAUUUAUUGUCUUGGUGUAAAUACAACACAAUAUCCUUAAAGACUAUUCCUCAAUAAUGGAGUUGUGGCGCAGUAUAUAGACAAGUUAUAUUGUGAGAGGCUUUAUUGAGUGACUGUAUGGGAGAAUCUGUUGUGCCUUAUGGGAAUAAAAAAAUUAAUCUGA